CUUGAUUGGAGAAGUAUGCAGCAGCCGGUAGUCUCCUGCAGUAUGCCAGCAGAGGAAAUCGAGAGUGUGUCUCUUCCCGUGGGUUGGAAAAGCUACAUAUCACCUGAUGGACGGAAAUACUAUGUCAACACAAGCACUAAAGAGACAACGUGGGAACGGCCAAGCUCAUCCACCACCAGCCCAAAGGCUUCUGGGUUUCACCAACACUCAGUAAAUGGACGUCAGCUUCAUGGAGCCUCUGGACAUGUGCUCGAGCAUCCAGAUGUGUACCUGAGGAAGACCAGCCUCAGCAACCAGAGCCCAGGGUCCACCUCCCCGGCCAGGAGGCAGAAUAAGGAGAAGGAGAUCAAGGAGACCAAAAUCACUAUCAACUGCGUCACCUUCCCUGUGUCCAUGUCUGCGCCAGAGCAGCAGCUUCUCAAGCCCAGUGAAUGGAGCUACUGCGACUAUUUCUGGGCCGAUAAGCGGGACCCUCAGGGGGCCACAGUGUCAGGGUUUGAGGUGCUGCUGCAGAAACAGCUGAAGGGGAAGCAGAUGCAGAAAGAGAUGGCAGAGUUCAUCAGAGAAAGGAUAAAAAUAGAAGAGGAGUAUGCCAAGAACCUUUCCAAACUCUCCAUGUUCCCAAUGGCAGCACAAGAGGAAGGGACUCUUGGAGAAGCUUGGGCCCAACUGAAGAAGAGUCUAGCUGAUGAAGCCGAGGUCCAUCUCAAGUUCUCCUCAAAGCUCCAGAGUGAAGUCGAGAAGCCUUUGCUGACCUUCAGAGGAGACAACUUUAAAAAAGACAUGAAGAAAUACGACCACCACAUUGCUGACCUGAGGAAGCAGCUGGUCAGCCGUUACGCUGCUGUGGAGAAGGCACGGAAGGCUCUAGCGGACAGACAGAAGGAUCUCGAAGUGAAAACACAGCAGCUUGAGAUCAAAUUGAGCAACAAAACAGAGGAGGAUAUUAAGAAAGCCCGAAGGAAAUCCACACAAGCAGGUGAUGAUCUGAUGCGCUGUGUGGACCUUUACAAUCAGGGUCAGUCAAAGUGGUUUGAGGAGAUGGUCACCACAAGCCUGGAGUUGGAGAGGUUGGAGGUGGAGCGUGUGGAGACGAUACAGCAGCUUCUGCGUCAGUACACCACACUACGGCAUGAGACGGACAUGUUCAACCAAAGUACGAUGGAGCCGGUGGACCAGCUCCUGCAGAGUGUGGAUCCUGCCAAAGACCGAGAGCUCUGGGUAAAGGAACACAAGACGGGGGAUCUGAGACCUGUGGACAUGGACAUCUAGACAAAACACACAAACGCACACAUGCAUUAUACUAUAUGAAUCUACCUGCAUGCCUGUCUACCUGAGUACUUCAACCUCUCAGCCAAAGCCAUACAGGUAUCACCCCUUGAAGCACUGCUUGCUUUGUGGAUCUCCACUGAAAAUAUUAGAUAAUUACAACCUCAUAGCUUUAUAGGAGAUUUUUUUUUAAUGUCAUGUGGAACGAGUGGUGGGAACGGACAGCAGCACAGCAGGCGCGUUAUGAUACUGAGUAGCCAUCCAUAUAAUCUUGCAUGUCCUCUGAAUAAGAUGCUACUUAAGACUUCCCGGUAUGUCUAUUAUUCAUGAACAUGAUUCAA